AUGUUUGAAGCAAUUUUUGCUAAAGCAUCAUUAUUUAAACAUUUUAUUGAAGCAACAAGAAAGCUUGUUACUGAUAUUAAUAUCAAGUUUACAAAAUCUGGCAUCAAUUUUACAAGCAUGGAUUUAUCACACAUUGCACUCACUUCUGUCUAUCUUAAUAAAAAAAAGUUUCAAAAAAUAU